AUGCUAGACUCAAUAUAUCCGAACAAGAUCGAACAGUAUAUACUCCGCAAUCCAGUACAUAGAGAGGUGCAAGCAACAAUGCCGCAAUCGGAACACGACGCGAACACAAAGCAAUUGUUAAUUCACGACCAAGGCAUAAAUCAUACCGAAGGUGGCUGGCCGCGUGAUGUCCAUCCAUACAACGAAGAUCAUGUAGCGAGGCACAGGCGUCGCGUGCAACAUGAAGACGGCUAUGUCCACACUAUUAAAAGCGUCCAGCCCAAAGUCAAACAUUAUAUUGAUCAAAACAACGCCAUAGAUAUGUAUGAGAGCUAUUUCGCUGAUAUCCCCCCUCAACCGCCUGUAGAAAAAUAUGGCGUUCAGAUUGCAAAUGCCUUCUACAACCCUCAUCGUAGGCCAGUGUCAUCUGUAGUAUGGACUACAGAUCAACCGUCACGCUUUGCUGCAUCAUAUUGUCAAAAAAUUGUAGGAAAUAAAUCAGGUCUUCCAAAUGACAUAUUCGUGUGGGAUACACAUAGACAAACGUCACCGAUUAUUCAAAUGUUCCCAGAGUAUCCGUGUUGGCAAUUGACUUGUUCAAAUUUUGAACCCGAAGUACUAAUUGCUGGGCUCGAAAACGGCACCGUUCAUUUAUUCGACACUCGCAGCGGUAGAGAGGCGAUUUCGAAAAGCUCCAUUUACAAUUCUCACCACGACCCGGUAUCCGCGCUACUUUUUACUCAUUCUCGCACCAACACUGAAUUUUUUUCAGGCUCGUUAGACGGACAAUGCUUAUGGUGGGAUAAGAGGAAUUUGUCAGCACCGAUAGACCAAUUGCUGAUGUCAGUUAGGUUUCCAGCGGGGGAUAGCCCAAACUUGAGUAACGCUGAAGGCGUAAGUUGCUUAGAAUUUGACCGUGGCCUGCCGACGAAGUUUCUGUGCGGCACGGAAUCAGGACUGGUUAUCAACGUUAACCGUAUGGGCCGCAGCCACUCGGAAAUCCUUACGUCGUAUUGGGAGGCCCAUACGGGGCCGGUACGCGCUAUCCAGCGUAGUACUUGCACACUCAGAAUGUUUAUAACAUGCGGCGAUUGGACCGUCAGUAUAUGGAGCGAAGAGGUGCGAACGGCCCCGAUAAUCGUUAGCAAACCUUACCGGUACCAAGUGACAGACGUCGCGUGGGCGCCAUUACGAUACUCCAGCUAUAUGGCGGUCUGCGAAGGCGGAUAUUUUUAUUAUUGGGACCUACUGCGCAACACUAGCCAGGCAGUCACUACUCAUCGAGUCUCUAACAAUGGACUAAUUAAGCUCACUCCACACUCGAAGGGAAAAAUGGUGGCCACCAGCGACAAUCAGGGAACCAUCUUUUUGCUUAACUUAGCUGAGAAUAUGACCUUACCUGAAGAACUUGACAAGCAACUCUUUAUCCAACUGUACAAUAGGGAGACCAGGCGUGAACAUAUAUUAGAUUCGCGACUUAAAGAGAUUCAUUUGAAACAACGUGAUGAGGAGAAAACCGAGAUAAAAUCCAUCGGUGCCGUUGAAGAAGAAGAUGUAGAACAAAAUACUGAAGAGGAGUAUUUCAGAAUCGUUAAAGAAGAGUUAGAGAAGAUAGAA